GCAGCGGUCAUGUCGGCUCCCGGAUCGCCGCGCAGUGUCUGUGAGAGCCCGCUGGGCUCGCGCUCGCCGUCACCCCCGGCGGUGCAGGAGCACGCCAGGUCACCGGAGGUCAGCCCGCGGCCCGAGAGGAAGUCGUUCAGCAUCUCGGACAUCCUCAGUCGCUCCGAUCCGGUGCGAGAGAGGCUCGAUGACACGCAGAAGCUGCUGGACGCGGCGGCGGCCGCCAGGUUCGGGUUCCUGCAGCUGGGCUCUCUGGCCGCCCGAUAUCCGUACCUGACCGGAUGUGAUGUGCUGGGGAAGCCGUUCCCCUGGCAGGCCGUGUGGCCUCCCGCCGGUCAUGUGCCCGCCCAGCCGCCGCCCGUCCACCCGGCUCGGCUGCCACUGCACGCCCACUCGCCAGACCCACCGUCACCCGGCGCAGCGGACCGCAAGUCACCGGCUCUGCCGUCGGCACCGACAGAGGCCGUCGACGACGCCGACGACCGCAACGGCGGCGACGACCUGCGCGACGGCAAGGACCGGCGCAAGAAGAAGACACGCACCGUGUUCUCGCGCAGCCAGGUGUUCCAGCUGGAGUCGACGUUCGACAUGAAGCGCUACCUGUCCAGCUCGGAGCGCGCCGGUCUGGCUGCGUCGCUCCACCUGACCGAGACGCAGGUGAAGAUCUGGUUCCAGAACCGGCGCAACAAGUGGAAGCGUCAGCUGGCCGCCGAGCUGGAGGCGGCCAACAUGGCGCACGCGGCGCAGCGGCUGGUGCGCGUGCCGAUUCUGUACCACGAGGGCGCCGCGGCGGCGGCCGGGAAGGGAGGCGGUACCAGCGGCGGCGGCGGCGGCGGCGGCGGCGGCGGCGGCUCGGCGUCGGCCUCGACGGCGUCGGUGGGCGCUCCGGAGCCGCCGCCGGCGGGCGGGCCGCAGCCGGCGCCGUCCGUGUCGCUCGGAGGGUACGGGCCGCUGUUCUACCCUCCCUCCUCUCCGUACACACCCACCUGUCGACCGUCGCUGUCCGGCCUGGUCUGA